AACAAUUAGUCAAUUCAUAUGGUAAUUAUAUAAUAAACCGUGUCUCAAUAUUCUUUUUCUUCUUCAAAAAUGAUGGCAUCCAUUGAUGAUCAGAAAAUGAAAACUAACAAUAAGAGAAGUCAAGGAAGACAAAAGAUCCAAAUAAAGAAAUUGGAAAACAAGAGUAACAAACAUGUCACUUUCUCUAAACGGCGCUCUGGUCUCUUCAAGAAAGCUGGCGAGCUCAGCCUUCUUUGUGGGUCCAAGGUGGCAGUCAUCGUCUUCUCUCCCACUGGCAAACUCUUCUGCUUCGGUCAUCCAUCUGUGGACGACGUCGUUCGCUCAUAUCUUGAUUAUAAUAACCAAACACUAGUAGUAUUACCUGGUAGUAAUGAUAACAUUACUGCUAGUACUACUACUACUACUAGUACUAGUACUUUUGUAAAAGCUAUGACUGAGUUGGAAGAGGCCGAGAAAAAGAAGAAGCAAUUGGUGAGACAAGCGAGAUUGGCCUCGAUUUUAGAUAAUAAUAGUUGCGCGUGGUGGGAGGAACCGGUGGAGGAUAUGACGUAUGAAGAGUUGGAGAAUCACUUAGCUAUGUUGAUUAACCUUCGGAAUAAGAUCUCAGUCUCUGCUGGUGGUACUAAUAAGGCUCCUGCAGCUUCGGAUUCGGAGCUCCCUGAGACGAUGUCGUUUUAUGGCAAUUGGAGUUCGGGUUUGAAUGUUUGAUUUAUUAUUAUUAUUAUUAUUAUUAUUAUUAUUAUUAUUGCUGGUUUUAUAGAUUUACUAUAGUGGUACCUAACACUUUCUUAUCGUCUUACAUGUCGUGUUAUAUUAUUAAUCAAUCGUAGAAAAUUAUAAUUUAGUACUGCUGGUGGCUAAUACUAAUACCCAAUAAAAUAAACUAUUAUAAUUUAUGUAUUUAAUUUAGAUCGUUAAGAACUACACAUUGUUUUAAUAAUUUGUUUUAUUUUCUAUUU